AUGUCUUCCUCUCCUGCUCUUUAUAUUCCCAGGCUAUCUUCUUCGGUGUUUACUUUCCCACUCUUUCUCUGCGUCAUCGUUUUUGUCUCAGUUUUYGCUUUCCUCCUUGCUCCCGGCGGUCUAGCAUGGGCUCUCUCCAAAUCCCGAACUAAAACCGCCAUUCCUGGUCCUUCUGGUCUCCCCAUUUUAGGCCUUGUCUUUGCUUUCACCUCCUCUUUGACUCAUAGAACCCUUGCRAAACUUGCUACCACCUUCAAUGCRACGCSUCUAAUGGCGUUUUCYGUUGGGUUCASUCSUUUUGUYAUCUCCAGUCAUCCGGAGACUGCCAAGGAGAUACUCAACAGCUCCGCGUUUGUUGACCGCCCGGUGAAGGAGUCGGCGUAUGAGCUUUUGUUUCACCGUGCCAUGGGUUUUGCUCCUUAUGGUGAGUAUUGGCGUAACCUUAGAAGAAUCUCCGCAACUCAUUUGUUUAGCCCUAAAAGGAUAUCGGGUUUCGGGGUUUUCAGGGAGAGAAUCGGCCUCAAAAUGGCGAAUCAGGUUUCUUCUUCCAUGGACCAUAACGGUGUUGUGGAGAUAAAGAAGUUGCUCCACUUCGCUUCGUUGAACAAUGUGAUGAUGUCUGUGUUUGGCAAAUCAUAUGACGAUUUCGGUGUUAAUGGCAGCGAUGGGUUUGAGCUUGAGAAGCUGGUGAGUGAAGGAUACGAGCUUCUCGGAAUCUUCAACUGGAGUGACCAUUUUCCGAUUGUUAGCUGGUUCGAUUUCCAAGGGGUAAGGAAGAGAUGCAAACAUUUAGUCUCAAGAGUCGAUGUUUUCGUUGAAGCAAUCAUCAACGAACACCGUGAACGAAGGUUUGAGAACCGCGGAGCUACUGUUGUUGACGAUGGCGACUUUGUUGAUGUUCUGCUUGAUUUGGAAUCGGAAAACAAAUUCAGUGAUGGUGAUAUGAUCGCUGUUCUUUGGGAAAUGAUCUUCAGAGGAACCGACACGGUGGCAAUCCUGCUGGAAUGGAUUAUGGCGAGGAUGGUAUUACACCCAGACAUUCAAGCCAAGGCACAAGCUGAAAUCGAAAAUGUGGUUGGAUCGGGUCGCCCCGUAUCAGAUGCAGACCUCCCCAACCUGCCUUUCGUCCAUGCAAUUGUGAAAGAAACCCUCCGUGUUCACCCACCAGGCCCACUCCUAUCAUGGGCUCGACUCGCCAUCCACGACACCCAAGUGGGUCCACACAUGGUUCCAGCCGGGACUACGGCAAUGGUCAACAUGUGGUCCAUAACCCACAGCGAUAAAAUCUGGGUUGAACCCGAGAUGUUUAAUCCAGAUAGGUUUAUGGAUGAAGAGGUGGCGAUAAUGGGUUCUGACCUCCGUUUGGCUCCGUUUGGUGCGGGUAGGAGGGUUUGCCCCGGAAAGGCAAUGGGUUUGGCUACAGUGCAGCUAUGGUUAGCUCAGCUGCUUCAGAACUUCAAAUGGGUCGCAGCUGAAUCGGAUUCGGGUAUGGUUGAUUUGUCAGAAUGUCUGAAGAUGUCAUUGGAAAUGAAGAAGCCAUUGGUGUGCAAGGCUGUGGCUAGGGUUUGA